GCCGCCGGGCACCGGGCACCGGGCAGGCGGAGGCUGCGGCGCCCAUGGAAGCGGCGGCGGCCCCGGUGCCGGGCGGCGGCCCCGGUCCCCUGCUGCUCUGCCUGGCCCUCGCCUCCGGCCUGGCUCUUUUCAGCUGCGUGGGCGCCGACGCCAACGUGACCGAGGGGCUGCCCUGCGAGGGCUGUGCAGGUAACGUGACGCAGCUGCGGCGGCGGGGCCACUUCUCCCGGUGCCCCGAGGAGUACCGGCACUACUGCGUCAAGGGCAGGUGCCGCUUCCUCGUGGCCGAGGCAGCGCCGGCUUGCGUGUGCGAACGGGGCUACACGGGGGCGCGGUGCGAGCGGGUGGACAUCUUCUACCUGCGGGGCGACCGGGGCCAGAUCGUGGUUAUCUCCCUCAUCGCUGGCAUCGUCAUCCUCAUCGUCUUCGUCGUCUGCACCUGCCUCUGCGCACACCACUGUCGGAAGCAGCGCAGGAAGAGGAAGGAAGAGGAGAUGGAGACGCUGAGCAAGAACCUGCCCUCCAAAAGCGAGGACGUGCUGGAGACAGACGUCGCAUGAAGGUGUGGGGGGCUGCGGGGGGUCGAUGGGGACCUCCCCACCCCCUUUUUGGGGGGCUCUGACAGCUCCCCUGCUCUCCUCUCCCCGCAGCGGCUGCAGGAACCUGCAGGCGGGUCCCAGCGCCGGCCGGAGGGGCAAGGGGUCGCGCUUGUCACGGUGCUAAUAAAAGGGUGACCGAA